GGAGGAAGAGCGGAAUAGACUGAGAUUGAAAGAACAAAGAAAUAAAAGCGCAAUUACGAGCGAUCGUUCCACAAAGGUUAAGGAUGACGAUGUGAAGUUAGAGUCUAAGAAAAGGAGAUCAAAAGUAAAAUCUAAGAAACCAUCAAAUGCAUCCGAGUCAUCGGCAGUGACGGCAAAGAAGAAAUCAACGUCUGCAAAAAAGACGAAAGGGGAAGUAGAUGCUGGUGAACGCGCGAAACCGUCUGCAGGAAAAGCCAGAAAAGAGAAGGAAAAUAAGGGCAUUAAAAAUAAGAAAGGUGUUAAGGAAAAGAAGAAAAAGACUGCAGAAAACAAAGCCAAAUCUGUUUCUUUCGCCAGUCCUGGGAUUGAAAAUGGAGGAAGCCAUGUAAAUCAACAAUCCGUGCAGCCGGUGAAGCAAAAUAUCUAUACCCUCAUUUCUGGGGAUACUUUAUACAUAACAUACGCCCUCAGCUUAACGUCUAAUGAAGAAUUAAGAAAUGAACCUCCAACAGUUGCUGCUUCAUUCCUUAUAGAGAACAAGACAGUGUCUGACGAUCAAUUUUAUUCGGAGCUUGCUUUGAGAUUUGAGCCUUCAUCCGAUAUACAGUUUGACAACACUUUGCUCCAUGUAGAUGGAGUGUUAAAAGCUGGUGAACGAAGGGAAGUUGCAGUCAAGUUUAGAGUGUUAGGUAUUGUUGGCGCUAGGUUAACUGUGAAUGGACGGGUGACUUGGGAGAACAAUUUGCCUACGGAUGGUUCCAGCGCUUCAGAGGGUUCGAAUGCAGAAAUACCUUUUGCAUUUGAGAUACCAGUCGCAACUUUUAUGCUCCAUAUACCUGCCAUUACCCCGGCGCAGUUCACAGCAUUUCUAUACAAAUCAGAAAAUUUCCCUUUCAGCGGAUCAACUUCGGUCAAUCUCACCGCUUCAUCGUCGUCCGUUGAGCAAGAAUUUGAUAACGCAAUCGCCCAAAUUACUACGGUUGCUACGGGAACACACGUUGUCGAGAAAGUUCCCGGUGCGGUUUCAAUUUAUGGAAGGAGUGUCCAAGGUUAUCAAGUAGCCGGAUUGACUAAACUCGCGAUAACAAGAGAAGAAUCUGAGGAUACUGGGGAAGUCAAAGCCAAUUUGAAGAUAGAAUUAAAAUGCACAGACCAAGCAUUCAUUGACGGACUAUCCGGUUCCCAAGCCACCUCUUCUCACAAUGUCAGAAUAGCGGUCAGCGAUCUGGCGAAAUAUUAUCAGUUUAAUUGCGACAAAUUGCUUCACCAGACAGCAAAUAACAGACCGGCGCAUGAAAAGAAGAAGAAACUAUCAAAAGUCAACCUCGACACGACUCUUAACGAUGCACUUCGUCAUCGAGGAAUGGAAUUCGAGGAACAGAUCAAAAACAAAUUGAAAAAUGUAAAAGAUUGUCAGAACAUUGAACCAUCUGAGGCAAAGCGUGUGUUGAAAAAAGCCGCAGUUGGAGAGGUACUUUACCAAUUGAAAUUUGAAAUACCUGAGAAGUUUUAUGAGAAGAUGGGUAUUCAGAAUGUUAGAUUGCGCGCCAUUAUACCUGAUUUCAUAGAGGUCAAAGAGGAGAACGGAGAGAAGGUGCUAAUGAUAAUAGAUGCGAAGGCUUCGAAAGCCGCUAGAGUGGCCCAUCAGUUUCAAGUGGCCUCGUAUGCGUACUUUAUAGAUUACAUUAUCAGCAGAAUGAGAAACAUUUCAAUAUCGCGUACUGGUGGAAUAUAUCUCCCGCCAUUCCAGCUACAGACAUUUCGUAUGGAUUUUCUCUUGCCCAAGAUAGAACGCUUCUUCAGCGUUGAACUUCCGCGUAUAAUGUCGGCGACUACUGUAUCAUGGCAUUAUAACAACCGGUGCAGGAAUUGCGAAUUUGUAAAUACAUGUCGUAGCGAUGCUAAAAAUACUAUAUCAACGAUACCAUAUCUCUCCGUUGACAAGGCUAUUGAUCUAAAAAGUUUUGUACAAGAUUUUGCCAACGAAGAGGAUGAAUCGAAUAAAGGCAAUGUCAACGAAACCAUACCUAGUGUAUAUAAUGAGCCACAGAUUGAGGAUCUUGUCAAAUGGUUCGAUGAUCUAAACAUUAAGGAUAAAAAUGACCGAGAUGAGGACCUUAUGAGUAGGCGCGUGCAGGACAUUAUUAAAUACGAUAAAAAAUCCGGACGAUCUCCUUACAUGGACGCGUUAUCGUCGAAGAAAGCACAGUUUAUCGGAACACCUACCGCAACAUUCCCACAAGCUACCGAUCAUAACCUUGUAAUCAGUAUAUCACUGGAUUCAUUUGUAUCCAGGCCAUUUGGAUGGGCUAUUUGCUUGUAUAAAAGUGAUGGGUCAAUAGAAAAGCGUCACAAGCACGCCGGUUCUAUUAAGAAAGAAGAUGAAACUGAAGAGACUUUUGUUGCAUUGAUGGAGAAAUUUGUCACGGUGUUAGAUAAGGCGUUUGAGUACCUAGCACGUGUGAAGUCUCGUGCCUGUGUCUUUGUAUAUUCUGAAUCAGAAAAAAAUACCAUUCAGGAUGCACUUCUUUCUAUUAUUUCUAUGGAAGAAAGUUCAGUUUCGCCUACAACCCAGCACAUGGCAAGUAGAUGUCUGUUCAAUUUAUUCGAAGACACGUCGCUUCUUAUGGCUAGUAAUGAUACGGAUGCGGACGUGACAGAACUGCCUGACGAUUGGCGAGAGUUUCCUCGGAUUGUGGUGCUUGAACAAGCCAUUAAAACGAAUAUAGCAAUGGAUGUGCCAGGUUUCUAUCGAUUAAAAGAUGUAUGGAAGAGGAUGGUUUAUCCACUAAUGAAAGAUGAAGCACUUAAGAAUGAAAUCAACGAAAAUUUGUAUAUGAUUGAUUUGGAUGGAUUAUACGAAUUGUGGGUUGUUGAAAACGACAUAAACAACACCAAUGAUCUCCACUUAUUGCGAAAUCAUUUCACCAAUGCAGUUAUUCACGCGUAUUAUGAUUUAUUGAGAGGCUAUACUCCGGACAUUGCUUUCAUAUUAAUAGCCUCACCCCCACCCUUCUCAUUUACUCAGAUUAAGUCGUUUAGUAAUAACUACUUAGGUAAACUGUAUUUCUUCAAGCAAUUCGAAGCAGUGACCGGGUGUGCGAAAAUACGAGCCAGUAGGUUCAAUGAUCUUGUUCAAAGAGGAGCUGUGUCGGCGGUUGUAUUGGAAUUUGAAAAAUUUGUUACGAAAGUUAACGAGGAGUGGGUGGCCAGAUUUAUUCUGAUUAGCGGUGGGAAAGAAUUCAGCAUAUUGGAGCCCAGUCAUCUGAAGGAGUACAUUUUGGUCGAUGAUUCAGAUGAGGGAGUUUUGCAAGCAAUAAGGUUUCCGGAUAUGGUAUGGCGUACCAAGUUUGCUGGAUUUCCCGUGUCAGUUGUCAGUCUCUUUGAAAUAGACAACCGGGACUCCCAGAGAAGAGCUGUGUGUUUGAAAGGAAAAUUUAUUGGCAAUAUUGGAAAGGGUUCGAAGACUUAUCGCUUGUACAAACGUUACGUUGAUUUCAAUGUUGAGAAAGUCACUUCCUUGAUGAGUGAGAUUGAUGAGCGUCCCGAUAAUAAGUCUGUCUUUCUGGAUGCAAUACAUGAUCCUAAUAAAUGGGGAUUGCAAAAAUUACACGAGCAGGAUUACAAAGAACUUAAAGCUACCGCUCUUAAACUCCGCGAUUCGUUUAAAAUGUCUCCAUCGCAGAAGGAAAUUUCCGCGUCUCUGCUAGACAGACGAUUACAAAUAGUCUGGGGACCGCCUGGCUCUGGUAAAACACACUUCCUUGCUCUCUUCACCACAUGGUAUUUAACGACAGUGAAACCACAACCAUCAAGAAGAAGCAAAAAUUUUGUUAUUGGGGUAACGGCAUUUACACGAGCGGCAAUCGAUAACCUUCUUUUACGUAUUCUGAGUAUUCAAAAAUUACAUGAUAAAACGGGAGAGUUCGAAAUUGCAUCAAUGGGGAAGGAGGCGAAUCAAGAAAGCGAUAUUAAAGAAUAUGUUGCUGAUUCAUUGGCAAAGAAAAUAAAGAGUGGGCAGUUAGCUCCAGGAGGACAAGCUGUAGUUGUCGGUGGAACUGUAUGGGAUUGGUAUAAAGUCAGGAAAGAAUUGAAGAAGUCGUCGUGGGAUGGGAUAGAUAUGAUGAUCAUAGAUGAAGGAUCACAGUUACUAGUUUCCGACGCGAGCAUCGUACUCGAAUGUUUGAAUCCCAAGACGGGUCAAUUGGUCGUGGCUGGAGAUCAUAUGCAAUUGGGACCGAUUAUUCAGAAUACGUAUCCUGUAUUCCCCGAGGAUCAUCCGCUCAUAUUUGGAUCUAUUCAACAAUGUUUGAUGCGGCGAGAAGAUGGAUCAGUUUUUAAUGAAGACGAUUUUUUCUUAAAGAAGGGUCAGAAGCAUGAUUUCGGCCCAUGCACUAUUCAGCUGAGAGAUAAUUGGCGUAUGAAUGAUGAACUAAACAGCUUUUUCCAAAAAAUCUACGGCGAUGACUAUAUAACCACAAGACCAGCUCUCCAACUCAAUCUCGACGACACAAAGCUUUCUACAAUAACGACCAACGACAAUGUCAAACGAGCUCUAACUCCAACCAACGCUAUAACACUCGUGAAGCUUUCUCUCGAUCUUCCAGUGUCGCCACAUAAAUCUCAAUCUAGUCUCCUUCCUGAACAAUAUCUCCAAGCAGAAGCAGACGUUGUCUCUGAAAUAUCCAAAGCCUAUCUUGAGUCUGCCCAUAUCCUAGACGACAGGAAGCCAUCGUUAUUCAUAGUAACGCCACAUCAUCGCCAACGACAUGCGAUCCAAUGUCGUAUGAGUAAAUACCUCAACAGUUCCGAGUAUAUACUCCAAAUAAAUACGGCCGAAAAGAUGCAGGGACAAGAAUGCGAUAUGGUAAUCGCAUGCUUUGGUUUCAUGGACGUCUACGAAAUUGCAAGGGAAUCGGAUUUUCUUUUCGAUAGGAAUAGAUGGAACGUCGCCAUCAGCCGAGCGAGAUGCAAGGUUAUCGUGGUUACUACAGAUGAGAUGUUAUAUCCUAAGGGUAUGGAAGUGUUUGCAAAUAAGAAAACCAGCGAAGGAUGGGUGUUCCUCAGCAUGGUAGACAGAUGGGUCAAAGAUCGUUUCGAGAAUACAAAAAAAAAAGGUAGGAAAAGCAAAAACUCAUCCGAGAGCACCUCAGUGAUAAAUUGGGUAGUUGAUGGAACCCAGCUUUCUCGCGUUUCCCAAACGUUGGACAUGUUCCUCGCCAUGGGUGGUACCAGGUUAUCUCUGGGUACUCCACGGCGAGUAAGUUCUGCUUCUAGUAGUACUGUCCCUGUUGAUGUUAAUAGUAGUAAUCAAACUGGUGAUGACGGCGAGAACGUUGUUGUCAAGCCACGUACUGCAAGGAGAACCAGUGUUGGUAAUAGUAAACCUGGUAGGAGCAAGGUUAUACUUACUACUAAGAAGAAAACAAAUGUUAGGAGAAUUAGUAUGACUGGUGCUGGCAGUGAAAGUAAUCCGAUAAAAAUAGAGGAUGAGAAUGAUGAUGAGGAUAGUUUCUUUGAACCUCUAUCCUAA